UUGUAUAGAGGGGGAGGAUGCUGAUGCUAUGAGGUUGUAGUGAUCACGAGGUCUGCUUCCACGCAUGUAUUUCUCAUGUAAAUGUUUACUAAAACGUUUCUUCAGCACUUUGAUUUCGCCGAGCGGUCGUUCGCAACAAAUUAGAUAUAAAUUAUUAUUAGUUUUAUGUAUUAGUAAUUUUUGUUGGACUAUCGUGUGCAGUUUGACAGUUCAGCUGUUGACAUCUCGCAAAAAUGAGGUGGCGUCUACUGGUCGCAGCAUAUAUGUUACCUCUGAUUUUUGAAGUCGGAUGGUCCAUCACUUACGUUGAAGACGAACAAUAUUGGAAAGCUUAUGGUAUAUCUGAACUCAAAAAUUCUCUAAGAUUUGGCGGCAGGAGUCAGACGAGCGAGAAACACGCUAAAAAUCUAGUAAUUUUUAUCGGUGAUGGGAUGGGUCCAAAUACAGUAACAGCAGCCAGAAUAUACAACAAUGGAGAAAGCGGAAGACUGACAUUCGAAAAAUUCCCGCACAUUGGUUUACUGAAAACAUAUUCGGUGAACAAACAAGUGCCAGAUGCAGCGAGUGCAACUACAGCGAUGUUCACUGGCGUCAAAGUCAACCAAAGAGUAAUCGGUUUGGACGCCUAUCAUAAUUUAAACGAUACUGCGUAUUGCAAUGAGCCAAUGAAAAUAGGACUUGAAACACUAGCCACGUGGGCUCAACAAGCGGGUAAACAUACUGGUUUUGUGACCAACUCAAGAAUAACAGACGCAACUCCUGCAGCUUUAUACGCUCAAGUAUCAAACAGAAAAUGGGAAUGUGAUACUGCAAUACCCGCAAAUACCAGACAAUGCAAAGACAUUGCCAGACAGUUGAUCGAAGAUGAACCCGGCCGAAACUUUAAGGUCAUCAUGGGAGGCGGUAGACAAUCGUUCGUGGCAAACCCAGAAGACACUUUAAAAUAUGUCGACAAAAAGGUUUGCGUAAGGUCUGAUGGGAGAAAUUUAGUUGAUGAUUGGAUUCGUGAUAAAAAUUCAAAAAAUUCUUCCUACCGCUACGUAACCAAUUUAAAAGACAUGAUAUCCACAAAUGUGGAAACUACGGACUAUGUUUUGGGUUUAUUUUCGGAAGGAUGGAUGCCAAUGGAUUUGAAAAAUCAAAAAACAUUACCAACUCUAGAGAAAAUGACAGAUAUGGCCUUACAAGUUUUAUCAAAAAGCGAAAGUGGUUUUUUUCUUAUGGUUGAAGGUGGUUCAAUUGACUUAGCACACCAUAAAAGUAUGGCAAAACAAGCUAUAGAAGAAACAUUUGAAUUAGACAAAGCUAUAAAUCAAACACUUCAUUUGUUAAAACUAUGGAACAUUUUGAAUGACACAUUAGUAGUGGUUACAAGUGAUCACGCUAGCACAUUAUCAAUCAACGGAUACCCAAAACGAGGCAAAAGUAUCCUAGGAGUGGCUGGUACAUCUCUAGUUGAUGACGUUAAAUAUACAACACUUACAUAUUCUAUUGGUUAUGCACCAAAAGCAAUAUAUACAAGACUUGGCAAAGAAGUAAUAAGACAAGAUCCUACAAUUUAUGAUACAAGUGGUACAUUUUACAAUCAAGUGGGAAUUAUGGAAGAAACUGGUGUUCAUGGAGGAAAUGAUGUAGUAAUAUAUGCCCAAGGACCUAUGGGAUAUUUGUUUCAUUCUAUACAUGAACAAAGCUAUGUGGCACAUGCAGUAGCAUAUGCUACAAAAAUUGGCCCAUAUCAAAAUGGACUGAACAAUUCAACACCACCUAUUUUUAAUAUUUCUUAUCUUCUACUAACUACAAUUAUGAUUUCUUUUGUUUGUAAAUAAAUAUUUAUUUUAAUAGUAUUCUGUAACAAGUUUAUUGUCUAUAAUUUUUCAUUUUAAAUUUAUUCAUUCAAAUACUGAAGUAUAUAACUUUAUAAUUAAGAUGGUUCCAAAACAUAAAUAUCUAAAAAACAUGUAAAAAAAAAGGAUAAGUUUACACUAAGUAAACAUAAAUAAUGAUGAGUAGAUGAUAAAAUUUUGACAGACAAAUAAAAAAAAAGUUUUUAU